AUGCAGCUCUUUACGGUGUUUGUUGUGGUUGGUGUUGUAGCGGUAGGAUGCAGUGCAGUUGAUAGUGAUAGGAAGCUCAGCCAGCCGCGACGCCCGUUAACGGACGACAUCAAGGAUCUACCCACGUCAGAUGAUACGAACAGCCUCGCGACGGAAGGAUAUGACGCUUUCCCGGGACAGUUUCCCUACCAAGCUCGGUUAUUUAUUACAGCUGAAAACAUCUCGUAUGCCAUUCUUUCUUCUGGCUCACUCAUCACACCGAACUACAUCCUGACGCAUGCGGAUUCGUUGUACACUAGCAUGAUCAACUACAAUAACACGCAUGGAUAUGCAUUGCUGGGCUACAGCUCCGGCAGUGACACAGGGCGAGAGCAGCGUAUCAACUUCACCGAAAGCGGUAUCUAUGUUCAUCCACUGUACACCGGCUCCUUGUGCGAUAUUGCAACGAUUCGUUUGGACCACCCGGUAACGUUUAACCGAUUUGUGCAACCGAUUCGUUUGCCAAGAUUGUCCGACACCCGAACGUACGAAAGGAUGGAGGGCACAACCGUUGGUGAUAAGUAUAACGGCACGUUACGAUAUUUGCGCAAUCAGGUAAUGCUGAACCCCGAUUGCCAGGAGCUACAUCCACAUGCUUUCAUUCAUGCUCAGCAUAUCUGCACGAAUACGUACAUCGGAGGAGCAUUCUGCAACAGUAUGUACGGGGCAGGAUUGGUCGUGAAAGAUGACGGUGGUCCUGUGCUGGUUGGAGUUACGAAUUUGAUUUACUGGUGUGGAACGAACUAUCCGAUCGUGUAUGAACGAGUCUCCGAACUGCGGGAAUGGAUCGCUGAGAAUUCGGAUUAUGUGUUCGAUUUUUAG